AAAUACAUACCUAGUUAGUUUUUACUAAUUUUUUAGUGCUAUAUAUUAUAUAUAAAUAGGUACGUUUAUUAAUAAGAAUUUUUAACAUGUCUAUACAUUGUUACACUCCUACCACAGUAUCCAAUCAUAAAAGAACAUGCGAUGCUUGGAUCAGCAUUCAUGGAAAUGUAUAUGAUAUUACCAAUUUCAUUACAGUGCACCCGGGAGGUGAAGAAGUUCUUGUUGAAGCAGCAGGAACAGAUGCAACAUUGUGUUUUGAUAGUAUUGGACACUCAGAUGAAGCUUACAAGUUAAUGAACGAUUUAAAAAUAGGAAAGUUAUCAUCAAAAGAUGAGCAUCCCGGUGGCGAAGAGGUCCUGUUGGAACAAGCUGGCAAGGACGCGACCGAGGAGUUUGAAGACGUAGGACACUCGAGUGACGCACGCGAAGUCAUGCAAAAAUACAAGAUUGGAGAACUUAUAGAAGAGGAUAAAAGACAAAAUAAGAAACCUGUGAACAAACCAACACCUGUAUCAUCAAGUGCAUCUGGAGAUGAUUUUAGUCUUUGGAAAUCGUGGUUGCUGCCUUUGACGAUGGGAGUGCUUGCUAUCUUCGUUUACCGAUACUUUAUUGCUUCAUAAAAGAUCAAAGUUAUUUAAGUUUAUCAUAAAGUUAUUAUUGUCAACCAAAGUUCUGGGUUAACUCAAAAAUAUUGUCUUUAAAUCCUUUUUGUGUAUUUUGUCAGUGGUCAAUCAUUAAACUACAUUCCAUUCUAUGUUUACUGUUUACAUAAUGUUUUCAUUAAUACGAUCAUAAAACAAGAAAGAUUUGUAUAGUUUAAACCUAAAUAUUACUAUUAAACCUAAAUAUUAAAAUUAAUAUGACCGUUUGAACAUAAAUAUAGUGGCUAGACAUGGUAGAAAUUAGUAAUUCUUGGAAUUUAGUAUUAUUAAUGUUUGAAUUUUCAAAAAAAUAUAUUCAUACAUACAGAAAUA